AUGGAGGGGUCUAAAGAAUGUCAAAUAGCUCUUUGUUGUGAAUACUGCGGGGAAAGAAAUGUAGAUUUCUUAUGUAGUUGUGUCAAACGUAUCUGUGAAAAUUGCCUUGGGAAACACAUAAAAGCCAAUCCUGCUCAUUUUGCUUCUACAUACGCUGGUGGACCAGUAUCUACAAAAAUAGCCUGCCAGAAACAUAGUGGAGAAAUAUGCAUAUUAUUUUGCAAAAAUUGUAGUGAACCAGUCUGUACUGUUUGCUCCAAAAUUGAGCACGAAGGACAUAACUUCUUGUUCCUGAAGAAUCACCUUUCCUCUCAAAGAACGCUGAUGGAAAAGGAGCUUCAGAGAAUUGAUGAAGAAUUCAAAAAUACGUAUGUGAAACUUGCGAGUGACAAUGAACAAACAUUUUCUGAUGUUCCUGCAAAAUAUUCAGCUAUUCGACAGGAAGUUGAACAGGCAGGAAGAGUUUUGCAGAAGAAAGUUGAAGAAACAGUUAAAAAACUAAAAAUGCAGAUUGAGGCCAUGGAAAUGGAACACCUUGAUUGUCUAACAGACAACAAAAUAAAAAUGGAGAAAGUCAUUGAAAAUAUUGAAGAAACUAAAUAUGAAAUUUCUAGACAAAUGGCUGACCCUAAAAAGUUAGCUACGUACACAGUCAUGACAUAUCCUUUUGAGCAUUGUCCCGAUUUGAUGGAACGGAUACUUCCCGUUUUCAAACGAUCCGAGAACGAUUUCAACUGUAGCGAAUUCUUAGGAGCGUUGACGCCAUCGAAAAAAGCCACAAUAUCUAAACUUCAAGAGGAAAAACUUGACAGAGAAAAUGGUCAUGAAAUGAUGAAAUACAUUAAACUGUUGGGAUAUGCAAACCAAAUUCAAAAGAUUGACACAGUAUAUGGAUAUAUAUUCGACUUGUUGGUUUCAAUGAAUGAUAAUAUACUGGUGUGUGGUACUUACAGAAUAAAAAAGAGUUUCACAAUUCGUGUUCUAGAUUUCUGUGGGAAAGAAAUUAUGUCAAUACCCGUUCAAAUUCAACCAAAUUAUCUUUCACAAGCUGACGACGAAACCAUAUUUUACACCUCGGAUAGCAAACAGGGUGUACACAGGAUUAAGAAUGGAGCUACAGAGACUAUAGCUUUUGAUAAUAUCUGGAAGCCAAAGGGUCUAGCUUGCAGAAUUUCUGAUAUUAUCGUACCUGAGCAUAACGAAACCAAAAGUCUAGGACGUUUGAGUAUCUACACGUCAGAUGGUGAAAUGAGGUAG